UCAAACCCCAAAUCACAAAUAUGCAAAUUACACAUAUCUUUUGAAAGUUUAAUCACCAAGUCCAUCUCCUCGUUAUUUUCAAACAAGUCCACUUGACCAUGGCAUUCAAAGGAAUUGAGAUGGUUCUAGCCCUGGUCCUUGGGUCCAUGCUAUUGGGUGGAGUCAUGGCUCAGUUAAGCUGCACCAGCACAAUCACAAGCCUGGUUCCAUGCCUCAACUUCGUUACUGGAAACACAUCAAACCCUUCAUCUUCUUGCUGCUCACAGCUCUCUAAUGUUGUCCAGUCAUCACCUCAGUGCCUUUGCUCUUUGGUCAACGGUGCCAGCUCAUUGGGCAUCACCAUAAACCAAACACUUGCUUUGUCAUUGCCCAGGGCUUGCAAAGUGCAAACUCCUCCCCCUAGCCAAUGUAAAGGUGCCAAUGGACCUUCAACUUCAUCAUCAACUCCUCCAGCAAGUUCCCCAGCAGCUUCCUCCAAUGAAACACCUUCAGAAGCUUCUACUCCUGAAGCGUCCAUUUCGCCAUUGGCCUCGGACAUUCCUUCAUCUUCAGGAGGAGGUUCGAAAACAGUCCCAUCCACAAACGGUAACACAUCCGACGGAAGCACCAGCAGAGCACCUCUUCAUUUUGUGCUCUUUCUCGUUUUUGUUAUGUCAUGUGCUUCUUCGCUCGCCAAAUUCUGAGUCUUCUUCUCUGUAGAGGUUUGGAGCAUGUGAUCUAGUUCUCCAAUGUUUCACUACAUUUUCUUUUCAUUUCAUUCACUGUUCUAAAAAAUUCCCACCUAAGCGCUAGGCGGUUGGCCACCGCCCCAAUUAAUGCCUAGGCGUUUGAAAAUUAUAGAAGGGGCCUAGACCUGCUGAGGCGCCCGCCUAGACCGCCUAGGUUGCAACUCACUUAGACAAAAAAUAGAUAACUUUCAUUUUGCAUCUUAUUUUUUUCAAUAAAUUGUAAGAGACUUGUUGAAAUACUUAAAUGAAUACACAUUAUAUGCAUGUUCCCCA